AAAACUUCUGAUAAUGUGAGUGGUUCGUACUUAUUAUCUAGUUUCUGCUAGAACGUAUAGCUCCUAAAAAAUGACGUCUAUCGUCUUCUUUUCGGUAAAGAAAACCGCUCAGACCACAAGACGAUGUUUGAGUUCACAUUUUAAGGGUCUUGCUAAUUCAGGAGACUCGGGCUGGUUUUUAUGCGCCACUCACAGCCCGUCAGUGUCUCUAUUUCCGGGAGCAAGAUGGUUUUCCAGGGGUACAGGCGCACGGUUCAUGUUCCGUGGGACCGCAGGCGGGUCGGCAGCAGGAAGAACCAGAAAGGGAGUGCUGGCGCUCAGCGGAGCCGCCGCGGUAACUGCAGCUGCGGCGGUAGUCGGGUUUUUGGCCAACGCUGAUCACUUCCAGCGGGCAGAGAUGGCUACCAGGGUCCCCCGAGCUGCUGAGAAGACGAAAGAAGAAGAAGAGGGGGACAUCGUGGAGAGAUGCCGAGGGUUCAUGUCCGCUCCGGUGACCGACAUCGGUGUGCUGCAGAAAAGGAAGGAGGAGAUGAGCACCAAGAUGGAGAUGCUGAUCAUGGAGACUCAGGCCGAGUUUUGUAAAGCCCUGCAGGAGGUGGACGGUGGGACAUUCAACGUAGACCGGUGGGACAGGAAGGAAGGUGGUGGAGGAAUCAGCUGUGUGAUGCAGGAUGGGAAAGUGUUUGAGAAGGCCGGGGUCAAUGUGUCGGUGGUGUUUGGGAACCUGACUGAGGAGGCUGCUAAGCAAAUGAGGAGCAGAGGGAAAGUCCUCAAAGGGAAAGAUGGUAAGCUGCCGUUUUGUGCCAUGGGUGUGAGCUCCGUCAUCCACCCAAAGAACCCCCAUAUACCCACAGUGCACUUCAACUACCGAUACUUCGAGAUCGAAGAGGAAGAUGGCACUAAGCAGUGGUGGUUUGGUGGAGGAACAGAUCUGACCCCUGUGUAUGUUAAUAAAGAAGAUGGUCUUCAUUUCCACAAAACCCUGAAAGAUGCGUGUGACAAGCAUCACCCUCAGUAUUACCCUGACUUCAAAAAAUGGUGUGACCGAUACUUCUACAUCCGCCACAGGGGAGAAACCCGUGGCAUAGGUGGGAUCUUCUUUGACGACCUGGACUCACCGAAUCAAGAAGAAGCGUUCAACUUUGUCAAGAGCUGUGCACGCACCGUGGUGCCCUGUUAUCUUCCCAUCGUCUACAAACAUCUCAACGACUCCUUUACUGCAGAGGAGAAGAACUGGCAGCAGAUACGGCGAGGGAGGUAUGUGGAGUUCAACCUGGUGUAUGACAGGGGAGUAAAGUUCGGCCUGGCCACACCUGGCUCCAGAAUUGAGAGCAUCCUCAUGUCCCUCCCCCUCACUGCCACGUGGGAGUACAUGCACAAGCCUGCCAAAGGUUCCCGGGAGGCGGAGAUGAUGGAGGUACUCCGAAACCCAAAGGAGUGGGUGUGAGCAGGGUUCACAGGUUUUCUAAUCUCCUUUGUUAAGAUUUUUUUUUUUUUUUUUACAAGCUGUGACCUGUUUGACAUAACCACCAUUUAUCAAAGUAUCACGUGCUGAAGUUAGGAGGAUAAUUUACUUUCUUGGCCAGUUUUCUUUGUUUGUUUUGUCAGAUCAGCCUUGUUAAAACUUUACAAAAUGAGAUUAUAUUCAUGAAGGAGGUUUGUGUCAUUUUCUCUGAAAGAAUAAAGACCAGAUACAAUGUUUUUAAAUGUGACCUGCUUCUGGGUCCUCUUGUUCUGAUGAUUUGCUCCCUUUAGUAAUUGUUUUUCUAACUUUGUUUCAAGCUGCCAAAACACUUUCUUCUACUGUUUUUUUAAUGAAGCACUGAAAGGGAAAGACAAACCCACUAUGUGCAUGACA